CCCCUCAGAUUGGGGUAACCCCCCCAAAAUUCGGGUAUUCCCCCCAGAUUCGGCACAACCUUGGUUUUUCUUGACCUGCUUUUGGAGAAGCUGUGUCCAAACACUGACCUGUUUUCUUCCAUUUUCAGGAGAUGCCAGGCUGUCUCCUAGGACAAGGAAUCCCUGCGGGGCAUCCUGCGCUCCUGCUCCCCGAGGGGAACAUGGAGGGUGCAGCUCACGCUGACAUGGAGCUCGUGUCCUCUCUGGCUGAAAAAAUCUCUCUGUUGGAACAAAAAAUAGAGAAACAAGCACAAGAAAUCCAGCAGAAGGACAGGAGGAUUGCUGAACUCGAGGAGAGGAUAAAAACUCUUCAAGAAGGAGAAGAUGCUUUUGACUCAUCCAGCACAGAAGAACUGGAAAUGAGGUGCCUUCAGCUGCAGAGCCAGCUCUGGGAGAUGGAGCGCUUCCUGAAUGACUAUGGUCUGGUGUGGGUUGGAGAGACACGGGAGCAGCUGGAGGAUACAGAAUCAGUCCAGGAUGAAGAGGAGCUGCCAGCAAGGAACCUCUGCAAGCUGGGUGCAGGCGCUGUUUGCAGAGCCCAGAUUGAUUUUGAUUUAAUCCUGGAGAACAUUAAGGAUCUGAACUCGCUGGUGGGAGAGGGCGUUUCUCAGGUGGAGCACACGCCCCGGGGGGCUCGGCUGAGGCGGCCCGAGCCCCUCCCUCUCACCCUGUACCAGAACGGGAUCGUCGUGGGACACGGCGCCUUCCGACCCUACCAGCACCCGGGCACACAGCAAUGCCUGCAGGACAUCAUGGAUGGAUAUUUCCCCUCCGAGCUGCAGCCACGCUACCCCGACGGGGUCCCCUUGCAGGUCACUGACAGGAGGGAUGUGGUGUUUCAGAAGUCAGACCUUCCAGGGAGUUUUCCUGGCCUUGGCCAAGUGUUGGGUACUUCAGAAUCCAACCAAGUGCAGGAAACCUCUGAGAUCCCAGGUGCCAAAUCCUCCUCGGGGCAGGUUCCCAAUGAGCUUCCCAAGCCCCCAAAGCACAGAGGGAGAGGGGGCAGUGCCCGAGGCGUGGCUGGAGCAGCACUACAGGGCUCUGAUGGGAGGCAGAGCAGCAAAGAAAUCCUGGUGGAAACACCUGGGCUGGCUGCCCUGGAGAGGUGCAGGGUGAGGCCAGCUGAGCAGGCUGCAGCUCCUGGUUUCUGCAGGCUGCGGAUCCGCUCCGAGAGCGGCGAGCGCAGCUACGAGCUGAGGAUGCUGCUCUCAGACACCAUCGGGGACCUGCGCCAGCACCUCGCCCACAUCAGGGGUGGAAACUCGGACUCGUAUGAGAUCAUCAGCACCUUUCCCCAGAGGGUGUUCACAGACAACUCCAGGAGCCUGCAGGAAUGUGGGCUGGUCCCCAGUGCCUCCCUGCUGCUGAGGAGGAGAGACCCUUCCCAAAAAACAGCCUGAGAGCUCCUCACCCCCAGCUCCUCACCCCACCCCCAGGCAGCACAGCUGCCUCUCACCUUACCCAACCCGCCCUGGCUGGGAAAAAGGGAGAGGUUUUCUUUCCAGAUUUAGUUUCACUGUUUACCUGGAUGCAGAAGAGCUCAGAGCAGCCAUUUGGCAGAGGGGGCCAGGCCCAGUCCUGCUGCCUCACAGUGGCUGCUGUGCCCCAGGACAGGAGGGUCCCAACACAGGGACACUUCCAUGAGCUCACCUGGGCUCCAGGCCUGGCUCCUGAUCCCUGUGCAGGGUUACACAGGCUGACCCCUGCCCAGCUUCUGGGCAGUUACUUAGCUGGGCUCAGGGAGUCUGGAGCAGCAGGAUGGACACACAGCCAGGGGCAGUUUGCUUUCUACACACAGCUGCUCCCUACAGAUUUCACCUGCACUGACACCAGGGGACAAACAGGCUCCGUUCCACGGUCUCUGCUGGAGCUGAACCUGAAGGCCUUGAGCCAUUGCAGUGCUGGGGCUGAGCCAGGCUGGACUCAGCCAGGAGAUCCUGCUGUGGGUUUCCUGUACGUGCACAGCUCCUUCCCUUGGACAGCCCCCAGCUGCAGCGGGGCCCUGGCUCCAGCCUGCCUGGAGGUACCCGCCCUCCUCCUCCUGGAUGCUGCAACAGGACACCGUGUCACUGGAGACAGCAUAAUCCCUCCAUGCCUCUGCCCAACCCUGAAUAAAGCAUCUUCCUCCCUCUCCCGUGGGCUGGGGCUGCACUUUUCCCUUUCCCUUUCCCCAGCACAUUCCUCCCAUUCCAGCUGUGACAAGCUCUCACUUGACUCCCAGCUGACAACACUCCCACUCAUGUGAGGCAGAGACCCAGCCCUCACUGAAGGCUCCCAAUAAAACCCUUUCUUUCAGCUGCAGUUCCCACUUCCUUUAGAUUUCACUGUUACUGUGGAAGCUCGGGGCGCCCAGAGCUCAUCCCAGACCCCUCUGACCAGAGCUGCACAACCCAAACACAGGAAGCAAACACAGCUCCCCAUGAGCAGUGACUCAACCCACUCAACUCUCCCUCAGCUUCCUCCUUUUUUCCACCUGUAGCAGAUCCAGGAGCAGCUGUUUCCCUGCUCCUCUGUGUCCUGGUCUAGGCAAUCUUUGUGCCAAGGGUUUGUUUUGCACUCCCACGUCUGGCUGAGGCUGUCCCUGCCCCUGGCACCACGCAGAGAAGAAUGCUCAGGUACCUGUCACUACUGCGCCGCAGGACAUUGAGACACGUCCCUGGAGCCUUUGAUUAGCAGCAGCAAUCUAAGGUGUUAAGAUCUUUGUGUCAGGCUGCAGCAGCACGUACAACUCACUCAGCUGGAAAUGACUCACAAUCAUGGGUAGGGUGAUGUUUAACCUGUAGCCAAAAUAAAACUGAAUUUAAAAGAAAUGCAAAGAGUAGCGCUGUGAAAGGUACAGUAACAUUUAAUAGCAUCUCAGAAGACAACACUGGUUAUAAACUUGCUUUUUGGCAGGAAAACAAAAUGCACUUGGUCCAGGACUGCAAAAAAGCCAACUCAAAGAGGGAAGAUUGGACAGCUGGAGCAUCAGCUGUUCUGGGGCAGCCCUGAGCCAUUAACGCUCACCAGGGAGCCUGGUCAGGGCGGAGGGUGGCCAGAGCAGCACAGAUCCCACUUCCAGCCCCACCCAUUCCCCCAGGCAGCUCCACCAUGGUGGGCACUCAGACCCCCAAUUCUGUGCAGUAUUUUUGCAUUAAAUUAAGACAAACAAAAAAAACAAAACAAAAAAACCCCAACCCUUUACUUAGUUGCCAUAAUCUCUGCAGUUGAGAUGAAGAGUAGGGAAAAAGAGGAAAAGAAGAGGAAGUGAGGCAGCAGAAUUUACAAUUUUAACAGCAACUGGGAGAAGUGGGAAGUGCCAUGCAGCCCUAAGUCCUUCCCUCUGGAGGCAGAGGAGGGGGCUGAGGGCCAGGGGCACCUCUCACAGCCCCGGAGGCUUUGCUGUUUACAGAGGCACUGGAAGCUGCCGUGAGCCAGACCCAGCUCUGCUCACAGGCCAAGCACAGAGAGCGUCACACUUUCUUUGGAUCCCUCUGAGAUGAUGUCGGGGUUAGGCAGGAGGGAGUCAGAGGCAGCUGCAAUGAGGAG